AUGUUGACCUCACCUACCGAAUCUCUAUCCUCGGCCUCCUCUACCGCCGGCAGCCCUAUCGCCCAGAGCCCUCACCCCAAUGCCUGGUUCCCACCUAUUCCUCGCCGCCGGGCGGACAAGACAGUAAAAUUCAACCUCCCCCGGCUACCGCGGUACUACGCGACACCAUUGAACGAGGACACGGACUCGACGCCUCUGCAGGUGUACGGGCUCGAACAGCGUGAACCGUCGAUCGCCGAGAAGCCCAAGCUGCUGCGGCGCAUGUCGCACGCGCUCGACGACAUCAAGGAGGACUUCUCGCUGCAGCUGGAGCCGCGCGAGAGGCUCAAGAGCCGUAAUCGCCACUCCACAUUCAUGCUGGAUACCAGUGUUGGCGGCUCGGGGCUCCGGUCCAGUGGCUCGUCGCUGUCCGGCGGAGAGAGCCCCAUGACUUCGGAACCGCCUCGUCCUCGUCCCAUCUCGACUUUUUCCAUCGAUAACUGGAACCCCCCGGCCCCUGCGCAGUCGCUCAGUCGCAGACUGUCGAAUCGCUUGGGAUUCUCGCAGAAGAAGCGCUUCCGUCCAGGCCAGGGAGCGAGUAUCUCGCAGCCGAAUCUGAUCGGGUCCUCGACUCAGAUGUAG